ACGCAAACGAAAAAUGAAUGAAACAGCCAUCAACUCCGGUCGCUGCAUGUUCCAUUUUCACCUCUGAUUCAGAACAAUCGUCCUGUUGAAAAUUACUCUCAUUACGUCCACGAAGUAACCAUGACGACUAUUCCUGAUACUAUCGAUGAAGAAACCUUGAACUCGGGUGCUGAAGGGUGAGGCGUCGUGAAAGAAAGAUUUUUUUCCAUUGUUAGAUGGACAGUUUUGGAAAGAGACAAGUGAUGAUGCUGAAUACUGUCUGCUUUGUAAAGAGAGACGUUUACUCACUGCAUUGCGCUUGCCUCUUGCUUCCUAUCGGGAUACUAUCGAUCUAUCUCGUCAAAAUUUAAAGUUUUAUGGCAACCCAGGUUUUCGUGAAAAAUCCCGGUUGCGUCGGAAUGACUUAUGAUGAUCUGAUUGUCAUGCCUGGACACAUUGGAUUUGGCGUCGGCGAUGUCGAUAUUUCUUCUGACCUUACGAGGAACAUCCGACUGCAGGUCCCCUUGGUGUCGUCGCCGAUGGACACAGUGACGGAACAUCAGAUGGCAAUUACAAUGGCACUGCAGGGUGGAAUCGGGAUUAUCCAUUCGAAUAUGAAAGCUGAAGACCAAGCAGCCGAGGUAUUGCGAGUCAAAAGAUUCAAAAACGGUUUCAUUCUAGACCCUGUCUGUUUAAGCCCAGAAAAUACACUUGAAGAUAUCUUAGAACUGAAAACGAAGCUGAAAUUUUCCUCAUUCCCAGUUACUGACACAGGAAAAAUGGGUGGAAAAUUGCUUGGUAUUAUUUCUGGCCGCGACACCGCCUUCAUCGAUGACAUUUCAGUCAAGGUUAGCGAAUUCAUGACGCCAAGAUCUGUCUUAACUUGUGCUAAAGACGGUAUCAGUUUAGAGGAGGCCAAUGAGAUUUUGAAGAAGAGCAAGAAGGGGAAACUUCCUGUCGUGGACGAGGAUGACCAACUUGUUGGAUUGGUCGCUCGAGCUGACAUCGAAAAGAAUAAGGAGAAUCCACGUGCUUCGAAAGACAAAAAGAACAAGCAACUUUUGUGCGGUGCAUCCAUUGGAACGAGACCUGACGACAAAAUCCGUGCUAAGCUGUUGGCCGAUGCUGGUGUUAACGUUAUCGUUGUGGACUCUUCUCAAGGAGACUCGAUGUACCAAAUUGAAAUGAUUCAGCAUCUCAAGGCUACUCAUCCUCAAGUUGAUGUUAUUGGUGGAAAUGUUGUUACUCCAUCUCAGGCACACAAUUUGAUCAAGGCUGGAGCAGAUGGUCUUCGAGUUGGAAUGGGUAUUGGAUCCAUUUGUACUACCCAAGAGGUGUGCGCUGUUGGUAGAGCUCAAGCCAGUGCAGUAUACCAUGUCUCGAAGUACGCACGCAAAUUUGGAAUCCCCACCAUCGCUGAUGGUGGAAUCAAGUCCACUGGCCAUAUUACAAAGGCAUUGUCUCUUGGGGCUGGUUGUGUAAUGAUGGGUAGUAUGUUGGCUGGAACGGAUGAAGCUCCGGGUGAAUACUUUUACCAGGACGGAGUCCGCUUGAAACGCUAUCGAGGCAUGGGAAGUAUCGAAGCGAUGAAAAGUGGAAGUGAAAAGCGUUAUGUUUGGGAUACCGCGUCCACCCAUGUGAAGGUCGCUCAGGGCGUUAGCGGUGCUGUUACAGACAAAGGAACGCUUCGACGGUACAUUCCUUAUUUGAUGCAAGGGAUUCGCCAUGGUUUGCAAGAUGCUGGAAUUCAAAGCAUCGAUAUAGCCAGAGAACGCCUAUAUAAUGGAAAAUUGAGGUUCGAGAUUCGAUCCCCCGCUGCUCAAAAGGAGGGAGGCGUCCAUGGUCUCCAUAGCUAUCAAAAGCGCCUAUACUGAGGCGUGGUGAUAGAAGUUUUAACCCCUAUUAACCUCUGUGUAUACACUCAUAAACAUCACAACUUUUU